CCUGUCGGCCCCGGCACCCCCCCGCCGCACCCCAGCCCCGAGCAUGGGGACGGCGCUCCUCCAGCGCGGGGGCUGCUUUCUGCUGUGCCUCUCGCUGCUGCUCCUGGGCUGCUGGGCGGAGCUGGGCAGCGGCCUGGAGUUCCCGGGGGCCGAGGGCCAGUGGACGCGCUUCCCCAAGUGGAACGCCUGCUGCGAGAGCGAGAUGAGCUUCCAGCUCAAGACGCGCAGCGCGCGCGGCCUCGUGCUCUACUUCGACGACGAGGGCUUCUGCGACUUCCUGGAGCUCAUCCUGACCCGCGGCGGCCGCCUGCAGCUCAGCUUCUCCAUCUUCUGCGCGGAGCCCGCCACGCUGCUGGCCGACACGCCGGUCAACGACGGCGCCUGGCACAGCGUGCGCAUCCGCAGGCAGUUCCGCAACACCACGCUCUUCAUCGACCAGGCCGAGGCCAAGUGGGUGGAGGUCAAGUCCAAGCGCAGGGACAUGACGGUGUUCAGCGGCCUCUUCGUGGGCGGGCUGCCCCCCGAGCUGCGCGCCGCGGCGCUCAAGCUCACGCUGGCCGCCGUCAGGGAGCGCGAGCCCUUCCGGGGCUGGAUCCGCGACGUCAGGGUGAACGCCUCGCAGGCCCUGCCGCUGGACAGCGGCGACGUGAAGCUGGACGACGAGCCGCCCAACAGCGGCGGGGGCAGCCCGUGCGAGGCGGGCGACGAGGGCGAGGGCGGGGUGUGUCUCAACGGGGGCGUGUGCUCGGUUGUGGACGACCAGGCGGUGUGCGACUGCUCGAGAACCGGCUUCCGCGGCAAGGACUGCAGCCAAGAAGACAACAAUGUGGAAGGUCUGGCGCACCUGAUGAUGGGCGACCAAGGAAUCUUUCUUAUCCUUAAAUUCUCUGAAUUUUCUUGUGCUCUGAAUCUUAAUCUGAAUUGGGACAAAAGGUCACAGAUCUUCACCUUUACCUUUGUGUCAUCUAGCAGGGAAACUUCUCUGCUUGAAAAAGCACAUGAACAUGAGCCGGGCAAUAAGGAGCCAUCUAAGCAGGUGUUUAAAAUAGAGUCUCAAGAACUCCCAAGUACAGGUCUUAAUAGGGACAGUGAGCAUCUAGGACUCAGUGCUUUGACCAGUCAGAAGCCAGUCACAGCUGAGGAGUCGGCUGGAGGACCCCUGGACAGAUGUGUUGAGAUAAGGAUUCAAUUCAUCACUGAGGUAUUCUUCAGCAAAGAGCCUUCAAUGGCCUCCAGUGUGCAUUUGGCAAACUUAGGAAUGCACACCGAGGACCAAACGGAAGGGAAAAGCCCCAAAGCGAGAGGAGAAUCUGGGCGAGAAGAUGAAUCCAUAUGCAUCCUUUGGAAGCCAGAUGAGCAGAUGGUGCUGUUGACAUUCUGUUACGAGAGUUGA